AUGAGAUCUUCAGACGAGGUACUGUGCUUCGGACAAGAUGUCGCUUUCGGUGGAGUUUUCCGAUGCACCGCAGGCCUUCUAGACCAGUUCGGCCGAGAUAGAGUAUUCAACUCGCCCAUAACCGAACAAGGGAUGGUCGGUGUGGCGAUUGGGGCUGCUGCAGAAGGUAUGAAGCCGGUAGUCGAGAUUCAGUUUGCAGACUAUGUGUUCCCAGCCUUCGAUCAGAUCGUAAACGAAGCCGCCAAGAUUCGUUAUCGUGAAGGGACAAGCGGCGCGAACCUAGGAGGCCUUGUGAUUCGCAUGCCCUGCGGUGGUGUUGGUCACGGCGCAUUGUAUCACACCCAGUCUCCCGAGUCUCUAUUCAGUCACAUACCAGGCUUUCGAGUUGUUAUGCCCAGGUCUCCAACGCAAGCAAAGGGCCUCCUCCUCUCCAGUAUCCUCCAGUCCAAGGAUCCGGUUAUUUUCAUGGAACCUAAAAUUCUAUACCGAGCUGCGACCGAGGAAGUCCCGAUAGAGGAUUAUACUCUGCCACUCGACAAGGCCGAAAUCCUCAGCCAAGGUAGCGACUUGACUAUUAUCUCCUACGGUCGUCCUCUCUACACAUGUCAGGUUGCCAUUGAGGCAGCCAAACAGGACAUGCCAGGGUUGAGUGUUGAGCUUAUCGACCUUCGUUCUAUAUAUCCUUGGGACAGACAAACCGUCUUGGACAGUGUUCGUAAAACGGGACGAGCUAUGAUUGUCCAUGAAAGUAUGGUCAACUUCGGCGUCGGAGCUGAAAUCGCGGCGACAAUACAGGAAACCUCACUAUACCAUCUACUAGCACGGGUGCGAAGGCUAGGAGGCUGGACCACACACACGGGGUUGACGUAUGAGAAGUACAUCUUCCCUGAUAUUACUAGGGUCUAUGAUGGGAUACUUGAGAUUAUGCAAGAUGAAUAA